UUCGCAGCGGCCAACGGUACCAGAUGUGCCGCUAGCUGUUACGCACCAAAUAAACAUCAACAAAUCCAGGAGACUUACCGUGUAGUGUGAUACGAUGCAAAGUGUUGAACUGUUUUCGAAGGGAUUUGAUUACGACUUAUCAUAGACAAAGUGACAGAGACAAUUGUAAGGAUCGAGUGCAGUGAUCAUUAGCGCCCGAAGAUGCCGAAAAUCUUCCUGAUCAAGAAACGGCUGCAUGAGCAGCAGCUAGGGUUACAAGAGGGUCAGGAGUUGCUGAACAGCAAGGCCGACUCCCUCUGCCCUGGCUCACCUCUCGACGAUGGCCCAAUCCCGCUGCUCUCCAAAAAGGAUAAGGAAUGCGACUCGGAUGUCUUUGAAGAAAACGGUGGUGGAAGAAAUUUACACGAGAGACGCACAAAAGAACCUAGGAGGUUUAUAUCAUCUAUACUUGGCGGCGAUGUUCCAUAUGGUAGUCACAGAGGACACGUUCCCACACAGGCGGAACGAAAAUUAUAUUUACCCGUAAUCGCAGAAGAAAAGAAAAAAGAUGACAAACCGUUAAUAAAAGAAGAAAAAGAUCCACUGGAAAACGAUCCAGUCGUGUUGCCGUCGAGAAAUUCACCGUCUCCAGAAUCUUCACCUUCACCAGGUAUUGACAAUAACGUAACCUGUCAGAAAGUGUCUGUCAUUCAGAGAACACCAUCUCAAUCACAGUUCCGUGACAACAAAAAAGAAAUUACUGAUAUUAGUAUUCCCCAGACGCUACCUACCACAGAACCAGAACAAGACCAACCAAUUGAUUACGUUAUAGCAAAGAAACGUGGUGAAUCAGAAGAUGAAGAAACUGAAAAGAAAAUAAGAGAGCAAAGGCGAACAAGCAGCUCUAAAAUUGCCAAUGGAAUAUUAGCCCGACCAGUUUUAGUUUUAAGAAAUUGUCCCGCAAACAAAAUACCGGGAAUAAUGACUGCAGCUGCAGGACACGGUCGAUCGACUGGUGGUAGCGGCUCAGGUGGAAAUUCUCAGAGUAGUGGUGGCUCUGGAAGUUUCAAUUCGGGUGGUGGUAGCACCGCUCCUUCCUCUGGCGGCGGUGGAGCCAUCGGUGGUGGAUCCGGUAGCGGAGGCAACGGUCGCGACGGUAGAUCCAACUAUGGACCAAAUAGCCCACCAACAGGCAGCCUACCCCCUUUUUAUGAAACUCUCGGUCCUUCCACUAAGGGCGGGCAAAAUUCUUUCAAUGCCAACAGCAACUUUUCGAACGAAUUUAGUAUAAUGAAUGGAUUUAAUAUGGAUUGUGAAAAUAAUGAAAAUGGAACCAGUUUCCCUGAGCAAACGAAACAGUAUUCUCUGAUGCAGAACGCUCCUUAUGGCCUCGCUUUAAAAGACGAAGGGAUUGAUUAUGAAAAUAAAUUAGAAAACCUUGGUUCUAUUGGCAAUUAUAGCAGCAAUUUCGAUGAUUCCAUGGUGGUCGAUAUGCCUGAGGACGUAAUAGAUAACUUACAAUUCUCUACCACCCUCACUUUUAACGGAUCUAACGAAGGUCUCUUAGGAAACCUUUCAGAUUCAACCGAAGACUUCUCAAAUUUAUUGAACCACCACGUUGAAUCAAUAACAGACUCAGACUUAAGAGAAUCAUCGACGUCGAUAAGCCCUGACUCCGUGCACAACCAAGUCGAUAUUGAAACGCUGGCAGAACAAGUAAAUUUAAGUAGACAGUAUUAUGAAAAAGCCAACUAUUUAGCUUUUGCAAGUCAAGAUCAACCUUCUUCUUACAAUUUCGCUAAAGAUCGGCCAGAUUUGCUGAUGCAGUUAAACCCAGCUCUUCUACAACACAACGAAGGACAAAUGCAACAACUGCAGAUCCAUGUACAACUUCAACAGAGGCAACAAAUUCUAUCUCCUGGCUUUCCAUUCGCUAGUCAUUCUCUGGACCUGGACUCGCCUACCGGCGUGUCGUUGCCUUCGCCCGGCGGAAAUAAUUCCUUGGAUGGCAGUACCCACAUGGAGAACUCCGCGCUGAGCCCAGCUGCUGCUGUAAGUUUGAAGAAAGGCUUAGGCGAUGGCAAAAUUCAAAUCUUGCAAAGGUUGGGUCUACCCGCUGAACUGCCGCUUGAAUUCAUCAAUGGUGGCCACGGAGUGAAGAACCCAUUGGCUACAGAAGCAAAUGCAAGACAAAGAGAAGAAGAAAAGAACAAACAUGUAUUAGUUAGUGAAGACGAUCCUACAAAAUUCGUAUGUCGAGUGUGCUCGAAAAACUUCAGCCUACAAAGACUGCUUAAUCGGCAUAUGAAGUGCCACUCCGAUGUGAAGAGAUAUCUUUGCACUUUCUGCGGCAAAGGUUUCAACGACACCUUCGACCUUAAAAGACACACAAGAACGCACACGGGUGUCCGACCUUACAAGUGCAAUCUCUGUGAAAAAUCCUUCACCCAAAGAUGCUCACUAGAAUCUCACUGCCUUAAAGUUCACGGAGUGCAGCACACUUAUGCCUACAAAGAACGGAGGACUAAGAUGUACGUAUGUGAAGAGUGUGGGCAUACCACUUCAGAACCUGAGGAACACUACAUGCACUUGAAAAAACAACACCCUUAUUCCCCGGCGCUACUGAAGUUCUACGAUAAACGGCAUUUUAAGUUCACAAACGCUACAUUUGCUAAUCAGCUUUUAGGACAGCUUCCAAUGCCGGUCCACAACUAAUUGGCCACUUCUAAUAAAUUCUUAAUGACUGAUUCGGCAAUUCCCAUUCCAAUUAUGAUGGAAAACGUACUUAACAUUACGAAUUUAUUCCGUCCGUUGUAUACUAAAAUAUUUAAUAGAAAAAAUAAAACCAGUGCUUAUAAGUUUAAUGUGAGACUCGUUAAAAUUAAAUGUCUUCCAAAAUAUAAAUAGACAUUCCGACAUUUCAAAAUUGCCUAUGGUUUACAUUACACUUUCUAACAAUCAUUUUGUUCUAAAAAAAUACCUUAAUUUUUAAUAACAGUCAAUGAUACAUUUUUGGUCUAGGCGAUAGGCAUGACUGCAAUUAAAAAAUCAAAGUAUCGGGUAUUAUGUGCAAUCUUUGGUGAUGGUACGGGGUUAGAAAGUAAGCGUACAUUAUGUAACAUAGACUAAAAUAUUAGAGUAAUUCAUAGAAUUUGUCAUUUAGAAAACUUUGUAAGUUUCAUUUCAAGCCAGCCAUAGUUUGUUUAAAAGAGAUUAUCGGUUGGUGCUAAAAGAUUGGAGAUUGCUGACUUGAAAUGAAGCAGAUAUGGAUCGGAUGACAUCACUUGUCCGACCCAUAAAAAAAUCAAAGCGUUUAGAUCUUUGAUACAACUUCUCAAUAAGGAAUCUCUAUCCUCGUUUAGUGAUACUAGCUUCUAAUUAUCUCUCAAAAUAUUAACACAAAUUAUGUCACAAGUUCUGUGUAUAAUAAUGUUAUGUUUGUUCUUUGUUUGUACUUAUUAUUUGAAAACAAAAUUUUUGAAUUCAUGGUGAUGCCCAAUAGAGCGCACAACAUGUCGUACCAAGUUGAAUUGCAUUUCUACGAAUAUUUAUAUAUUAUUUAAAAUAAUGAUGAUCGGUUUAGUCUGUGCUGUGAGUGUGUGUGAGUAUUAUCUAUUGUGUAAUUGAGUUAUUUAAUGUGUCGAUUGUUAUUUUUAAUAUUAAAUCUACAUCGAGAUGUACUUGAAGCGCUUCCGAGUUAUGAAAGUUAGAAGGCGACAAUAGGAUGCUCAAUAACUUUGCGCUUUUACCGCGAAGCUUGUUUAUAAAGUAAAAAAUUGUAAAUACAUCUAAAUUUUAUAAGAAAUCUUAGAGAAAUUGAGAAAUUAAUAUUACCUACUUAACUUUAG